UUCUGCUCAUUAGCCUCUCGUUUGCUUCAUUGUUUCACUGCAGACUGCGAGUCGAUCUUUUCCCCCGCUGCUUCGGAUUUAGAAAUCCACGAGUCUAUCACUGUCCUCACUUAUCUAAUCCAGAGCAGUAUUGUGUGGUCUAGCAUACUCUUGUAACUUUUCAUAUUGCAUCGCAACUGAACCUUCUUUCUUUUUUCCGAGUACAACCGAAGCUUCCGGCACUUGAUUAACAUCGAGCCGUCUUGCAAAUGAGUCUCCGGGUCGUCUCUCAGGGAUUCUAAAUCGUGCUCGCAUCAUGAAUCAAACCAGAUGUCUUCUUGUCGCUGCUUGUAUCUGGACCGCGGUCUUCGCCUUCAUCCCUUAUGAAUUCAAUCUCGAUCUUCCGGCCGCAAAACACACCCCGUCUCGUCGCUUUUUGCCCUGGGAAUCACUGAGCGAUGCACUUGCCAAAAGCCAAGACCAGACUAAAACCGAUGAGCCCAUAACGCUGGAUGUGAAGAGAGCCCCUGUCCGUCGCAGCAAUGACUUCGAUAUCGUCCUAUCCAAGACGCCCUCCUGGCCCGAUACCGCUGCUCUCGACCAGAACGGCAAUGACCUGACUUAUUUCGCUGUGGUUAAGAUUGGUUCCGAAGCGCAGGAAUUUUAUCUGAUGCUAGACACGGGUGGCACGAAUUCGUGGGUCUUCAGCUCCGACUGCACCACCAAAGCCUGCAGCAUGCACGACACCUUUGAUGCAACGAGCUCUUCGAGUAUCAAUGUGACCACAACCGAGUGGAGUGUCGGCUACGGCUCCGGGUCCGCGAGCGGCGUACUGGCUACGGACAACGUGACGAUUGCAGACGUGGAGGUGCAAUUCACGUUUGGACUGGCCACCAACGCCUCGAACAACUUCGAAUCAUACGCCAUGGACGGGAUCCUGGGCUUCGGCCGCUCCAACGACACUGCGUACAACACUGCCACCUUCAUGGACGCUGUGGCAGACCAGAAACACUUCGAUUCCAACGUCGUUGGCUUCGCUCUCUCGCGAACCAAGAGCGGCGAGAAGGAUGGCACCGUCACGAUCGGGGGAGUGGACGAGGACAAGUACACCGGUGACAUCUCGUACACGGACACUGUGAUUGGAUCGGGGAACUAUUGGCGCAUCCCCGUCGACGAUGUCUACGUCAACGGAGAUGCCUGUGACUUUACCAAGAAAUCCGCCAUCAUCGACACGGGAACAUCGUACGCCAUGCUCCCCUCUAAGGACGCGAAGACGCUGCACGCGCUCAUCCCGGACGCCACCGCCUACGGCGACUAUUUCCUGCUUCCGUGCAACUCGACUGCCGAGGUCCAGGUGGCCUUCUCCGGGGUCAACUACACGAUCUCGCCGGAGGACUACAUCGGCUCCGAGUACAACUCUAGCUGCAUUUCCACGAUUGUCAGCUACGACUUGUUCGGAGAUAACAUCUGGCUUCUGGGUGACGUCUUCCUGAAGAACGUCUACACCGUGUUCGACUUCGACGCGGCGCGGGUUGGUCUGGCGGCCCGUGCCUACAACAAGAACACCACAUCAUCCAGCUCAAGCAAGACCAGCAGUUCAUCCUCUGGCUCGUCCGCCAAGUCUACUGCAUCUUCCAGCUCGACCAAUUCCACCGGCGUGGUCGCUAGCGGCGCAACAACCCAACUGGGUUCCAGAUACUACCUGCCUGCGUUUGUGGUCGUCUUAUGCACUGUUCUGCUGUAGACGGCCUUGUCCACAACCAACCAAACUUUGGCCUUCUUGCACAUACUGGGAACAUUGAAAACUUCACUUCUUUCAUCUACUGUAGUAGAUUGCGCCUCUGCACACGCAUUUCCGAAGAUAACCCAUGUGGUAGUCUAUUCUUAGUCUACAAAUAGAGUUAUUCUUCCUGACCAAAACCUUAAAUUCUGA